AUGAGUAGCGCAGAAGACAGCGGGAGCAAGUGCUCGUCGGGCCCGAUUUCCAGCUUUACCAUCCAGUCUAUUUUGGGCACACCGUCCGAUGCGCCGCGCUCCGGGAACAAGGAGCUCUCCAAGGGGCCGCCGCCGCCGCCGCGGAGGCGCUCACUGUCGGUGUCCUCCGAGGAGGAGUGCAGCGGCGGGGAGGACUCAGCAGACUGCUUCUGCUCCGACACGGGUCACAGCGAGCCAUGCAACCAGCACCAAGCCCGUAACUUCUGUUUAGGUCCCGCUAAAGGACUUCUAUCUGGGAAUGACGGGCUCGCGCGGCGGCCGCACCUGCCACAGCCUAUGCUGCAGGAUUAUAAGGAGGAGCAGGAGAGACCGUGCCAUCAAAUGUCACCUCUGUCUGAGGAGAGACAGACAGACGGUGCGGACAAGCAGGGCAACUCAGCCAAGAAGAAGACGCGCACGGUUUUCUCCCGGAGUCAGGUGUACCAGCUGGAGUCCACCUUCGACAUGAAGCGGUACCUGAGCAGCUCGGAGCGGGCCUGCUUAGCCUCCAGCCUGCAGCUGACGGAGACUCAGGUCAAGACGUGGUUUCAGAACAGGAGGAACAAAUGGAAACGGCAGCUAUCAGCUGAACUGGAGGCGGCCAACAUGGCCCACGCCUCCGCACAGACACUAGUGGGGAUGCCGCUGGUUUUCAGAGAUAACUCCUUACUGCGUGUUCCGGUUCCCCGGUCUAUCGCCUUUCCAACGCCCCUUUAUUACCCGGGGAGCAACCUGCCAGCGUUACCUUUAUACAACCUGUAUAACAAGAUUGAGUACUGAUUGACUCUGCUGUAUGUCCACGUAAAAAACGCAUUACAAAGCAGUACAACAU